AUGAACGGUUCACAUGUACAAUUACAAUCCCCCUCUGUCAAUAUGCACGAGCAAGUACUCCCCUCCAUCGAUGGUUCACAUGGGCAAGUACAACUCCCCUCCGUCAACACUUCGCAUGGACAUGUCCCUCAUGUGGAGAGUGAAUCAUGCCUUCGUCGCACUGGUCGAGUGCACAGACCCUCCACCCGCAACAUGGUGGCUAACGCUAUUGGUGGUAACCAUGAUGAACAUGCUCAUUCCACAAAGCGUGGCCACGACGAGAGCAAUAGUAACCGGAAAGCAAACGCCUGCUUCAUUCUGAUUGAUGCCAUUGUCAGCGUCUGCCUCAUUCUGAUUGAUGCCGUUGUCAGCGCCCACCUCACUCUCAUCAUCAGACUCGCUCCUGGCAUCCAUAUCAUUCCCAUCGAAUCUCGGGGCAUCACCAAUCUCUUCCAGAAGGAAUGUGCCAGCAGGCUAAUCUCUUUCGCGCCAGCGCACUCCUUGGAUCGCAAUGAGGUCAUCCCCCUCUUCAACUUCCUCGCACUAAACUCUUUGAGCUCCCCGCACUGA